CUAUUUUAUUUUAUUUUAAAUAAAUGGAAAAAUGUAUUUAUUUUUUGUGAAUUUUCAAAAUUUUCUACGAAAAAAUUCUCAGAAAUACUUCUGGCACACUAAAUUCAUUAGAAAUUUAUUUUAAAAAAAUUUAACGAAUUCCGGGCGAAAAAAAUUACUGACUGUAAUUGUUCGUCAGGAACCAUCAAAUUUUUUUUUUUGCAGAAUUCCCAACUAAUUUUUUUUUCGACGCCCUAAUCCUAAAAUGUUCUCCGUCGAAAACCGGCAGUUUCUUGUAAUAUCUGGACUAGUUGACAUUUAUUAUGUUAUCCUAGUGAACCUUAUGUCUAACAUUUAUUAGUUCUAUAUGUUAACCAUACCUAUAUCGGUACAUGUAAAGUAAAUUCCUAAUGGCCCUUGAAAUAUAGAUUCUCAUUCCUUUUAUUGUGUUACAUCAGUUGAAUAACCCAAAAAAUUAUCGUAAUUAGUGUCUUUUGCGUGUGCGUGCAUGAGUUUUAUAAUCCAAAAUUUUUGAGUCGGAUUUGGCUUUCAUUUUAUUGUGGAUCCCAUCGUGUUCUCUCCACUGACCCAACCUACUCAGUCCUUAACAUGUUCUCAUAUUUUGUGUCUCAUUAUCUAUAAAUAGAAAUAUCUCACUGCAACAAGUCAUCAUAUCUCUCUCAAGUCUCAACUUCAACUCAUUUUGCAAUUUCCCUCUUUCUCUUUCUCUUUCACAAUCUCUUACAAACCCCACAAGCUACCUUUCUUCUCCUUAAUCACCUGUUAUGGCGAAUUUAAUCCUUAAGCGAACUCUUAUCAUGCUCCUAAUCAUAUUUUCAUCACCAAUCUCUCAGGCUCGAAUCCUUCAGGCAGAUCGCGUCGCAAACAUGGGAAAUAUAGAUAGUCAGGUUCUCCUACGUGAGCUCGGGUUUGAUCUCUCCAAGUUCAAAGGUUAUAACGACGAGAGGAGGUUUUUAGUGGAUUCGGACAGGGUUUCACCGGGAGGACCGGACCCGCAACAUCACUGAAUGGCCGUUACGGAAAUGAUACUUUAACGGCGAUCCAAGCACAAAUAAUUGUGACUGGUCUAUGCAAGUCAUUGGAUAUCACUACUUAUAUGCUUUUUUUCUCUUUUUAACUUAAUAAAUCUUACGUACAGUUUUGUUGUAUCAAGGUAAUAGUAUUCUCGUACCUAGCUCCUUACAAUACAUCGAACUUUGUUUUCCUGUAUGUUUUCCUGUGUCUACAAUGAGUUACAUUUUAUGUAACUACAAUUGGCUUAUAAAGAAUGUUCCCCGGUCUUUUCUC